CCUAUAUCACAAGGUUAGACCCUCCCUCCUCCCUCCAUUCAUCACUUGCUCUUCUCUCCAACGUACACAAAAUGGAGGCUGAGAGGGUGCAAGUCAUCGCCUCGCGGAGCAACGCCAUGGGCACCAUACCUUCGGAGUUUAUAAGAUCGGAGCUCGAGAGACCCGGCACCACCACGUUCCACGGUCCGGUCCCGGAGAUCCCGGUCGUGGAUCUCGCAGUCCCGGACCGUGACCGGGUGGUUCAAGUCAUGGUGAAGGCCGGCCAGGAGUGGGGAAUGUUUCAGGUCGUAAACCAUGGGAUCCCAGUUGAGGUGAUCAAGGAGCUGCAGCGCGUGGGAAAGGAGUUCUUUGAGCUACCCCAAGAAGAGAAAGAGGCAUACGCCAUGAAGCCAGAAUCGGAAACCUUGGAAGGGUACGGUACCAAGCUGCAGAAGGAUUUGGAAGGAAAGAUGGCUUGGGUGGACUUCUUCUUCCACAAUAUAUGGCCACAGUCUCGCGUUGACCACAGCAUCUGGCCCAAGAACCCGGCUUCUUACAGAAAAGCUAACGAGGAAUACACCAAACACUUGUUGGGAGUUGUGGAUGAAGUGCUGGCGAGUUUAUCGCUGGGUUUAGGGUUGGAGGAGCACGUCCUGAAAGAUGCACUCGGUGGAGAGGAGCUGGAGCUUCUUCUCAAGAUUAACUACUACCCACCGUGCCCUCGUCCGGACCUGGCUUUGGGGGUUGUGGCCCAUACUGAUAUGUCUGCGAUCACCAUGCUCGUUCCCAAUGAAGUCCCUGGUCUGCAAGUGUUUAGGGAUGACCAUUGGUUUGACACCAAGUACAUUCCCAAUGCCAUUAUCGUCCACAUUGGUGACCAGAUUGAGAUUCUAAGCAAUGGGAAGUACAAAAGUGUGUUGCAUAGAACAACUGUGAACAAGGAGAAGGUGCGCAUGUCGUGGCCGGUGUUCUGCUCGCCACCGGCAGAAAUGGUCGUUGGUCCUCUGCCCCAACUUGUUAGCCAUGAGAGCCCUGCAAAAUAUAAGACCAAGAAGUACAAGGAGUAUAAGUAUUGCAAGAUCAACAAACUGCCACAAUAAAAUGAUUUCUAGUCAUGUUAAAGUCGAGUUUGUCGUCCCUAUGCUGUGAUAUCUGUGCUGCUUAGAGCCUCACAAAGUUUCAGAAAUGGAACCACUGUAAUAACUCCAAGACACCAGCUCAUUUUAGUAGCUCUUAUUGGAGAAGUACCUUAGAAUGAAAACAUUGAAACUAUAUUUGAGGCGGUUAUAUAUAUUCUUCAUGCUCUAUUUAAUA